UUCUAAAUCUCGUCUAGCGUUAAGUGAAUGGGUGUAAUCAUAGGGUUUCGGGUUUGAAGGUUUGUUUAUUUGAUCUGUCUGGAUGUUUUGCGGGAAUCCAAGCGUUUUUGUCCUUUAUAUGUGAUCAAACUAGCUUCAAGAAAUUAUAAUUGGGCGCCAAUCUUGAAACAAUAUCCAGUGAAGUAGACAGUAAGGCAAUAUGAGUUCUAUUUGCCCAUUUUCCAAGUCAUCUGCUGCUGGCAGCUGCCCGAUGAAGUUUGACAACAAGACGGGGCAAAAAACAAAGGAUGGAAGUAAAAAUGAUGAGCAUAAGGAUUCGGGUACAAUAUCACCAAAAUGCCCCUUUGGAUAUGAUUCUGAGACAUUCAAGUUGGGUCCUCUUAGUUGUAUGCUGUGCCGGGCCUUACUUUAUGAAAGUAGUAAAUGCGUGCCUUGUUUCCACAAAUUUUGCAAGGUAUGCAUAUCUCGUUUUAAGGAUUGCCCUUUAUGUGGUGCUGACAUUGAGAAGAUCGAGUCCGACAAUGAUCUUCAGGCCACAGUUGAUAAAUUUAUUGAUGGUCAUGCUAGAAUCAAGCGCUUUCAAGUCAGUGCAGAUUCCAAGGAAGUAGGACAUGAGCAGAAAAAUGUCAUAUAUGGGGAUGUUUCUAUGGAAAGGGGUGCAUUUUUGGUACAACAAGCUAUGAUGGCUUUUAAUGGUAAAAAUGUAGAAAGUGCCAAAUCCAGGCUUAACAUUUGUGCUGAAGAUAUACGAGAGCAACUAAAAACACAAGGGAACACCCCAGAGCUCUGCUCACAGCUUGGAGCUGUCCUUGGGAUGCUAGGGGACUGCUGUCGAACUACGGGAAACUCCGGAUCUGCAGUAAACUACUAUGAAGAGAGUGCUGACUUUCUUUCAAAGCUUCCUGCAAAGGAUCUGGAGCUAGUGCAUACUCUUUCUGUUUCCUUAAACAAAAUAGGAGAUCUGAGGUACUAUGAUGGUGAUCUUGAAUCUGCAAAAACUUACUAUACUCGGGCUUUGGACGUUCGUCGUGAUGCAAUCAUGGAGAGGUCCAACGUCUCGUGCCAGAUUGUAGAUUUCGCGGUUUCGCUUGCCAAAGUUGCAGAUGUGGAUAGGAGUCUAGGCAAUGAAGAUGCUGCAAUAAAAGGAUUUCAAGAAGCAAUAGACCGCCUAGAAUCAUUGAAAUUGAAUUCCAGUGAUGCUGCUCUAAAGCAACGGCGCCUCUCAGUGCUCCAGUUCCUGCACAAUCAGAUUACAGAUAAACAAAGCUCAGUUCCAAACACUUCUGUCUGAGAACCAAAACCAAAUGUUUGUCAGCUAUGUAUCAAAUUUCUGCGUGGCAUUUCAUCAAACAUUUAUAUGUUCAUCAAUGUGUUGUGCGUUGUAAAAAGUUGCUCUUUGUCAAUAAUGUGAAUAUGUAGCAGACACUCUGGUGUUAUGUUCUUCCGGCUGUUCUUUUUCUAAAACUUUCAAGCAGCAUAGUAACCAUCUCUAAGGUUUCGCUUGGACA